AUGCUAACAAGUAAAACGUGUUUGAGACUAUUUUCACAUUCAUCUAGUGCUAUUGGGGUACCGAUACGAUGUCUAUCCCACACGACAAAGCCUGUCGCUAACAAGAAACUAUAUGACAAACCCAAAUCAAAAUCAAAAGAAGAGAGAAAGAUAUUUGGAAGAUUAAAGGAUGCCGGCGGGUCAGAAACCGAGGGAAACUCUACAUUGUCGACUUCCGGAGGUGUUGGUUCGUCAAUAAAACCCCCACAGUACCUUCCCAUAUCUGUUUUACCGCAAAUGCCACAACACCUACAAGAACAAUCACUUGAGUCUAUAUAUGAGUCACUCGGACAAAAACACAUUCUUGAUCGAAUAAACCAACCCAAGGGAAUAGAUCUCGUUAUUCCACCUGAGUUUAUUAAACCCCCACAACCACCAAAGCGUCAUGUGCGUCCAGAAAAGACUAAAGAUUUGGACAAGAAAAUCAAAAAUUUUAUAGCUGGUGAACGUGAUGACCGUAGUUUGAUCCAUUUAGGAAAGGAGAUAAGCGCUCAUAUGGAACCGGAUCAUAAUGAAAUAUAUCCCAUUUUAGAACACCCCUUGAAGAAGUCAUUAUCUGGUUUAAAAACUCUCAACCCAGCAAUGAAUAAAAUUAAAGAUCAAUUCUUGUGGGACGUGAUACCCGAAGAAAAAUUGGCAUUUGCUCCACCUUAUCAAGUUGAUAAUCCAGUGGGUUUCAAGAAAUGGGAACAAGAGCUAAUUGCUGAACGUGAAAAGGUUAAAAAAGAACAAGAUUUGAUUUUGAAAGAAUUGCAAGAGUUUGAAAAGUUAAUGGGUGAUUCUAAAUCAUUCUUUGGAAAGAAUCAGAAUGAUCCAAAAAGCGAUGAUGCAUCGGACAAUGGAGCUAAGGGAAGUAGAAGGAAAUUGAACCGAAAGUUGUUGAAAAAGUACAAGAAGUUGAAAGAUGAAGGGAAAAUUGAUGUUGAUUAG